GGCGGAGCUCGCCAAUAACCUCGGCACAAGUGCUGCCGCGAGCGGGCGAGCUCCCCCGCGACCCUCACUCCGCGGCUGUGACAGGCCCUCCUGCCGGCCCGCCCCCGCCCCGCCCUUCGCGCCGACCGACACGCCUCCCUCCUCACGCGGCCCUGCCCCUGCGCGCCCCGCCCGUCCCGCCUCCCGGGAGCCGAGCGGAGCCGAGCGGCGGGUCGGGCGGGACGAGCGAGCACAGUCCGGCUGAGCGGCCGAGAGCUCCGGGCCCGAGCAGGACCCGCGGCGCCGAGCAGCCGAGCCGAGCGGGCCCGAGCGCAGCCGGGUGGAGCCGAGCGGAGCCGAGCGGGGCGCAGCGCAGGGGCGGCCGCCAUGAAACGGGACCGGCUCGGCCGCUUCCUGUCGCCUGGGGCGGCGGGGCCGCGCAGGGGCUCGGGCGGCAGCUGCGGCGGCGGCCGGACCCGGGGCCGCCUCUCCCGCGGCAGGCCGAGCGGGGACGAGGCGCCCGUGGUGGCCGCCCGGCUGGGCUGGGGGCCGGCGCGGGCCUGCGGGGACGCGGGCGAAGACGGCGCCGACGAGGCAGAACAAUGAAAAAUAUUUCAUCAGGAACAGGCCGGGCUCUUGCCAUGGGGCACUGCCGCCUCUGCCACGGGAAGUUCUCUGCACGGAGCCUCCGCAGCAUCUCCGCCCGGGCACCAGGGCAGAUCUCAGAGAGACCACCCCCAGGGGAGCGCGUGUUCGUCAGGGACUUCCAGCACCUGCUGGGGGUGGCCGUCCACCAGGACCCAGCUUUGUCUCAGUUUGUCUGCAAGAACUGCCACGCCCAGUUCUACCAGUGCCACGGCCUCCUCCAGUCCUUCCUGCAGAGAGUCAACGUGUCCCCGAUGGGCCCCCGGAAGCCCUGCACACAGGUGGGUGCCCAGCCCCCAACAGAGGCCGAGGAGGGAGCGUGUUUGGUGGACCUGAUCACGUCAAGCCCGGAAGGUCUGCGUGGCCUGGUGGGGUGGGUGCAUGGACACGCGGCCGGCUGUGGGGCCCUGCCCAGCCUCCAGAGGACGCUGUCCUCCGAGUGCUGCGGUGCCAUCCAGGCCGUGUGGGGCUGCGCCCAAGGCCAUGACUACACCAUGGACGCCGACCCCAGCUGCGGGGCUCUCCUGCUGGACAGUGCAUUGUCGGUCAAGUGGACGUGGGACAAGGAGACAGCCCCCCGGCUCACCCAGCAUCGGAGGUCCAACCCCACUGGGGCUACCCCUCCGCGCUCCCAGGGCGGAGCGACCACAGCCUGGGCUGAGACGGAGACGCUGUCCAACACGGACGUGGUCCAGCCCCCUUCAGAUGGCAGCCCUGUGGGGCCUGGGCCGAGCCCCCUGCCUCAGUCAAGCCUGCCCCCAAGUGGGGCUCCAGGGCAGUUGGGUGAGAAGCAGCUUCCAUCUUCAACCUCGGAUGAUCGGGUAAAAGACGAGUUCAGUGACCUUUCUGAGGGGGACUUCCUGAGUGAAGACGACAAUGACAAGAAGCAGAACACCCAGUCCUCAGAUGAGUCCUUUGAGCCUUACCCAGAAAAGAAAGUCUCUGGUAAAAAGAAUGGGAGCAAAGAGGCCAAGAAGCCUGAAGAACCAAAAAUCCGAAAGAAGCCUGGCCCGAAGCCGGGCUGGAAGAACAAGCUGCGCUGUGAGAGGGAGGAGCUGCCCACCAUCUACAAGUGCCCAUAUCAAGGCUGCACAGCUGUGUACCGAGGGGCUGAUGGCAUGAAGAAGCACAUAAAGGAGCACCAUGAAGAAGUCCGCGAGAGGCCCUGUCCCCACCCUGGCUGCAACAAGGUGUUCAUGAUUGACCGCUACCUACAGCGGCAUGUGAAGCUCAUCCACACAGAGGUGCGGAACUACAUCUGUGAUGAGUGUGGACAGACCUUCAAGCAGCGGAAACACCUCCUCGUCCACCAGAUGCGGCACUCGGGAGCCAAGCCUCUGCAGUGUGAAGUCUGUGGGUUCCAGUGCCGGCAGCGGGCAUCCCUCAAGUACCACAUGACCAAACACAAGGCUGAGACUGAGCUGGACUUUGCCUGUGACCAGUGUGGCCGGCGGUUCGAGAAGGCUCACAAUCUUAACGUGCAUAUGUCCAUGGUCCACCCUCUGACGCAGACCCAAGACAAGGCCCUGCCCCUGGAGCCAUCGCCCAGGACCACAGAGGGUCAGGCUGUGAAGCCUGAGCCCACCUGAGGGUGCUCAGCACCUGAACUCAACAGGUGGUAGGUGGGGUGGAAGGACGCCUUUAUAGUUCCUCCCAUGAGACCUGAAGGCACAGCUUGGCUCACUCUGAGAGACCCCAUGCUGGACCUCACCCCUGUGCUGGAAGGUGGGGGCGCAGUGCAAGGCCGAGGUAGCCUUUCUGGGACCAGCCGUUUAUUUUCCUACGAACAUGGACUUGGGGCCAGACGCAAAUUUUAAAGAGUCCUGUCCCUCACGCAAGCAGCCACGGAGGUUUGUAAUCCACUUUUUCGUGCAACAAGAGCUCCACGUCAUGCUCGUAAUAAAUUAUUUACAAAGGAGCAGUGCGUGUGCGGGUCCAGUCAGAAGAGGCAGGGCUCCUGGGAGAGGCCAGUGUCCCGCAUGUCCCGCUGCCUGCUCAGGAGGGCAGCACUCACUUCGGGGUCACAGUCUCCACGAGUGGCCAGCAGCUGCAAGAAAACACCAUGCUCAGUGCAGCACAGCCCCAACACCAAGGCAUGGGGGGGAGCUGGUGACCGGAGCUGACCAGAAAGUGGCCAUGUGUUGGGCCUCCGCAUCCUCACACUUGCAUAGUGAUUUGGAUUAUACACAAACACCAUGGGGAGAAAAUACCAUGGGGAACACUUAGGCGUUACCUCUGCCAUGUUAGAGAAGCUCUUUCUGGAGCACCGAGGUAUUGAUUGCAGCAGAAAAAGACGAGCUUUUGUUAUCAGGCCGACAGGGCAGCACUAGAGAGAACAGACAGAGCCACAGUCAGGUGCCCACAUGUGUGCCAGGAGGGGUCCUCACCUGAGAGUUUGCCACGUGGGCCCGUGGGAUGUGCCCUCUGCCUCUUGGGUUGUAGGAGGUGGGCCCGUGGGAUGUGCCAAUUGCCCAGAUAGCCCACCCUUUCACCUGCCUGGCCCUGGAGCUCCUGAGUCCUGCUGGCCAGAGUCGAGAGUACACCUGUCUCCCCGGCUACGAAGAGGCCAAGCAGCCUGAGAUACAUGUCCACUGCAAUGUGCAGGAAGGCAUCAUUCUGGGUGAGGGCGUCUUCGUCAAAGUAGGAGAGGAGGCUGAUGGUGAGACUAGAUGUCAGGUGACACCAAGACCUCCCAGAGAAGGACAGUUGGCACAGGAAGUUCCAGGCCAUCUCUGCCAUCUGGAGGGAGACCCACUGUGGUCUGACCAGAAUAGGGAGUUACCUGUAGAAGGCGACUGGCAGCAGCCUGACAUGCUGGUCCGGGGCCAGGAGGAGAAGGAGGUGACCCAGGCCGGCAUCUACAACCCAAGGGGCUCAGUCAGCCCUGACUGCCACCCCCCAGGACUGGUGUCUUCAGAGGACCUUGUGUACCUUUGUGGGCCAGGCAGGUGGACCCCUACAUGAUAGCUCAGUGCCACCCUGGGGUCCUUGGUGCUCCACUAAAUUCUUUUACAGGCUUUUGUCCUGAUGAAAAUGUAGGGUUUAUAUGCUUUGCAAGAAGAUAACCAUUUGAAAGUUGCUUCUGAAGGGACUCAAAUGUCAAAAGCCACAGUCGGACUCUGCUGGGUCAACUGCGCUCCUAGCCAAUGGCGGAUGACUAGAGACCAUUGGCUAUCAGGUCUCAGUGGAUUUCUUACCUGUCUCUGUCAACUGAAAGAGCGGCAGCCAGGGCACCUUCCUCUUCUCCAAACACCCCAAGAUCUCGGCACAAACGUCCAAAGCCGUCAGGCAGUUGCCAGCCUGUGACCCACAGAAGAGGAAGAAUGACUUGGACGGCGGUGGCUGCAGAGCUGAAUGUCUUGCUGGGUUCAGGCUGGGCAUGUGGGGAAGAGGGACGACCCUCUUCACAGAAGGGAGCCUUUCCUUGUUACAGAGUGUGUCGCUCAAGGCCUCUGAUGAAGGGAACGCCGGCAGGAGGAGGUGGCCAGGGACCCUGGGGCCCAAGUGCUUAAGUAAGACAUCAAAACAAAGGCCAAGGCCGAGGAGCUCCUACUCCAGUGAGCACAGGACUCCCCCCACCCCCUCCCCACCCCGACCCAGGAGGGCUGGGCCCCUGAGGACCUGCAGCUUCAAGAACCUGGGGAAGAACCCUGAGACAUGAGGGAUAACAUACGUGUGGGGUCAGGUAUGUCGACAGCAGGCCCAUCAAGGAAAAGAAAAACAGGACAACCAGCAGCUGCAAAUACAAACAGGGACACUUGCAACGUGAAGUCAUCCGUGCUGUCCCCACAGCGCAGUCCUAGGUGUGGAACGCAGCAUUCCUCACCACCACUUACAGGCCCAGGACACAAACUUUUCCUCUAAGUGGAUCUUCUCAGAAUGAAAAAUUCCCACGUUUAAGCAGAAAUUAAUUGUGUAAAAUUAUUACUGACUGAUCAUUUUUAUGCUCGUCUUUAAACCAGGCUAUUGCCAGGGGUCUCCCUGGUGUGUGAGUGUCCCCACCACAGGUAGCUUAUCUGUGCAGUGAGCCACCAGCUCAGCCUCGUUCCCUGGCUUUGUGUCCAGAAAUGUUUGUAAAACUCAGGUGGUAAACCCACAGGCUACAUCCCGCUUCUCUGACCCUGACCGCAGGCACACCCAGGCUGGAUGGCGCCUCUGUGGACCCUGUCCUGUCCCCUUGGUCAGGCCUGUCACCAGGCCUUCCAACAGAACCACCUGAAAACAAUCAUGGAAGAAUCUUAUUUGUAGGUUUUUUACUUUAUUAAUCACCAAAAAUAGAUUGGCUCAGCAACUGAUUUAGUUGUCCAGCAGGUGGACACAUGCUGAGCUGACAGGUGGCCUCGAGUGCCCUGGCUACAGACGGUCCCACAACUCCCAGUAGGGACAUUUCAAGGUGCCAGCCUGGACUCAGAGCACCUGCCCUCCACCUGCCCUGUCUCUCGGCCUGUGCCUAACUGUGGUGCAUGUGAACCGAGGGUGUGGAAAUGGACACCAGGUUCCACUGGACAGUUGACAGCCCUGCCCGGGGUUGUGAUGUGAAUAAGAAAAAGAUCAAUGAAAGCACUUCAAAAAUGAAACUAAGAUAUUCUUUUUAUAAUAAACUUGAGAGUCAAAGUCUUAUGAAAUCUUAAA